AUUUUGAUAGCUGUUGGCGAGCGGUUGCGCGCGCUCCUCACAAGCAACAACAAGAUCAAAAUCCAAACGACUUCAACUAAUAAUGCAGUUUACGCUGUAGACCCCCGCCUGUAGACGAUAAAAGUUCAAAUACAUACUAAUAGUGGGUGACAACUGAGCAAAAACAAAUCCAAAAAAAAACAUAUUAACAAAAGAACUGUUCAAUUGCAAAUACGCGAUAAUUCCAAUAAAAAAUAAUUAAAACAAUUGUUUUGGUAUUUGUUGUUGCAGACGCGUCUACAACGGUGUAUGUUAACGCAAAUUGUCAAAAGCGUAAAUAAAUGAAAUUAUUUGUUAAUGCAACAAAAAAAAUGUAAAACAAAUUUUGCAGCUGUCACAAAUUGCAACAUCGACGAAAACUCAUAGAAACGAAACAAAAACAAACUGCAUCAGCAUUUGUGGAAAAGUAAGUGUCUGUGAUUUUCGCAAAAUAACAAAAGAAAAAAAAAAUACAAGCAAAAAAACCAAAAUAAAGAAAUACUGUAGCUGGCCAAUGCAUGACUGGACGUAAAAACCCAUAGUGUACAAGAGAAAAUUUCACAACCAACGAAAGCCACAAUUUAGGCACACAAAGUAGUAACAAUAAUAAAAUUAGACUGCAAGUCUGUGCAAACAGUGGGCGUGAGAUUACGUAUUUAAGACGCAAACAAAGCACAAAGCGCAAAGUUUGCAUGUGUACGUCAUUUUUUUUUUGGCUUUGGCUUUUGGUAUUUCGAACAAAGUUAAUAAGUAUUUGAAAUUGGCUAAGUGGAAAAUUUGAACUCGAUAUUUUACAAAAGUUACCUUAAAACUUUUACGGCAGCUGUAUAGCAAAAGUGCACUCAAAUAUUUUUAUUUCGGAAAUCAACAAAAUCGCAUACGCGCUGUGAGAACCGUCACAAAACCGCUAGUUACUACUCAAACGGCCAGUCUAAGCGUUGUAAGCGCACGAAAGCAACAACAAGCACAAAACACAUUGUGACUCUAUUUUUUCUUCCUCGAAAAGACUGAAAAGCUUCGGCUUUCACAAACGGCCACAAAAUACUGCCAACACGCAAACGUAGUUCACAACAACAAAACGUUAACAAAAUGAUUUCGCGUCGGAAAAUUAUUUCGCGUUCCCUCGACAAUCUGGACAUGAUACCAAAUGUCGAAGAGGAAGAGGAUGUUUGGUAUAACAAGGAGAAACUCUUUAGGGAUCACAUCAACGAAGUGCUCAGCAAAUGGGAACAAAUCGAUGAUGAAAUUUGGGCAAAAGUUAUCGUAUUCGAGAAGAAUCGAAGAGUGGCCAAAGCAUAUGCCAGAUCAUCGGUGAUUACCAUAAAUGGCGGGAAGAAUGGUUUCGAUGGCGUGAGAAUCGGUCUCAGCGGUUUCGAUAAUCCGAUGCGCGAUGCCGAUACAAAAGUUGCGAAAAAAUCUGUCGGUGAAGGUUUCAAAAUUAAAAUGGACGAUAUUGGUAAUAUACUCGUGAAACGUUACGGGAAGAGUAAUGUCUUUGUGCACAACACUUCGAUGGCCAACGAAGAGACAGUCAUUGGUGCGGAUAUACUACAAAUGCCGAAUAUGGCGCUGACGGCAGGCACAUCAGCUAAGCUCUUCGACAUGCGAAAAUAUACGACCAAUAUAAAUCGUGAAUUCUCACGCUCUUAUCCGGAGAGUAGACGUCUGGAACGGCAAUGCUUGUCGGCCAUUUCAUUAGUCAAAUCCAAUAAUAAUCUAAUCAAUAACCCGCUUUGGAUACUGGUCAUAAAUAUAGUCGCUAUUGAUAUGCUGAAGAAUCGCUUGCAGACACUACCCAAAUCGGUGGAUGCGAUGGGUAUGCGUGUGCCAACAGCGGGCAGCGAGGAUCCAUACUCAACCAUUGAGAGUCAGGUUGGUCUUAUUUAUCCCACACCUGCUGCUUCUGAUGAUUCGAACAAUUCAAAUAACUCGAAUAAUUCGAGUCAGUCGAGCAAAGGACGUCGCAGUGUAUUCAAUGCAGGAUUUCUCGAUGAAAGCCCAUAUGUGCCAAAGCCUGAUUAUGAAGCCUAUAAUCAAUCAGUGCCAAUACUCUCACCAACACAGAAGAGUAAAUCUGAGCAACGUAAGAAACAAGAUGAUCCCUACUAUUGUGGCCUACUUGCACGCAUACCGAAUUUCAUUAAGUCUUCGAAGAAGUCACCGAAUAAGAAAGAAGCGAAAAUUUCGCGUAAAAUUUCUGCUUCACAACAACAAAUUAUAGAACCGCAACCUACACAACCGCUGCCCAUUGCCACAUUCCAUCAGUAUCCGGCACACCAGCCACCCUACUACCCAUAUAAAUUACUUCAUGCGCGACAACAUCGACUCUCCCAAUCGCAAUUAUCACUGUGGGAUGCGCGCAGCCUGAUUAGCGCGCAUGAAUAGAGAUGAUGGCGGGGGUGGGGUUAUUAAAUAUGGUAUGAAUCGGCGGAGUAGGAUUAAAGAAAAUAAAGAUUAAAAAACAAAAAAAACAAAAAAAAAUGUUACCGAGUUAAGUUGAAGCAUUUUUAGGGAUGCAUGUGAUUUUUUUUAAAUCAAAAUGAAAAAUAAAUAAAAUUUAUAUUUUAUAGAAAUGUAAGUGCAAGUAGUGCGUGAAAACAUUACUGCACACGCAGUUUGCAGCAUGAAAUGAAAACAUUUAAUAAAUAAGAAAACACGUAAAUGUACUUGUCAUUGCUUGUUUGUAAUUGCAAAUUGCAUAUGCAUGUAUGUACACUUACAUAUGUAUGUGUGUAUAUGAGUGUGUAACUGCAAUAUUUAGUUAUUAUAAAAUUAUUUAUUUAUAAGGCGCAUUUUAGUGGAAAAAACUAUGUGUAUGUGUAAUACUAUACGAUAUUGCCAUAAUUGUUUGAUUUUUCUGUUGUGUAGCCUUUUAUCGAAUCUACGUACAUAUGUAUGUAUGUAUAUGUAUACUCGUAUAUUUUACUUUUGUUUUUAAAAUGAAGACUGAAAUAUGUCCUAGAAAUAAUAUUCACACAAUAAAUACACAUUAUGCAAAAGGUCAAGUGUUUAUUGUUUAU